AUGCGUUCAAAUAAUUCCACAAUCAAGCUAUCAUCAAGCAGUAUGAAAACUGCCAUCGAGGUGUCGAACGUGUAUUUCUUACCGUGUAAAAUACAACAUAAUGGCGUGGCAAAGGCUGAUGAAUAUUUUCAAUGCAGUAUCAAACUAGAUGAACCAGACUCGGAACCAGAUGGAAAACAACAAG